AUGGCCGACAUCCUCGUGCCGCAGACUCCGCCUCGCAAGGUGAUGAAACCGAGAAGGGUGGCGGACUUGACAGGUCUUUGGGAGGCCUGGGAGGAGAACCGUCAGCUACGCAAACAGAGCCGGAAGAAGGGAAGCUUGCUGGAAUGGGAACACCCCUCCAAGGUUGGGCUCAUAAACCGGAGGUCUCUGAUGCUGAACUGGAAGGUGAUCUUGCCUUUGCUUGAAAUCUACUGCCCAAAGAAUGAGCCCAAGACCGUCAGGCGGUUCUUCGAAGAGAUCGAGGUCACUCCCAAGAACGGUUUGUGCCACUGCACCAGCCACAGCUUGAAAAUGUUCGUGAGCUACAUUAUUCGGCGACAUGACGGAUCUGUGAGAAAGGAUCACCGCCUCAAGGCCAUCUUCGACGAGGUGGCCAAGAGCUGGCCGCCGAAGGCCCGCAGCCGCAGGACCUUGGUUGAGGACGCCGAGAAUCCAGAUGAUGAUGAGUGUGAGAAGGAAGGCCAGGAGGAGGAAGAGGAAGAGGAGCUACAGUUGACCGAGGAUGAGGUUGAGGAAGAUUCUCAAGCAGCUGAGGUUGAUGACUACCUAGCCGAGGCCAUGGGCCUUGUUCCGGGAAGCCCGCAACCACCUUCGGCCUAUGUGGGUACGGUGGCCUAUGAGCUGAGCAAUGAAGGGGAGCCGGUGCCUUAUCGGCCAGCUUUGCUUGAUGGCAAUGAAGGCGAGGCUGGUGCAGGCACAGAUCUGGUGAAACGGUUGGCUGAGCUGGAGCAUCUUGCUUCAAAUGAAGGGCAGCAAAUCGCCCAUCGAAGAGCAGCUUUGUCUGGCCAGAUGGCAAUCCAACGGUGGCACAGUUUGCAGCACAUGGACAGCCAACGGACCAUCGCUUGGCCGGAGCGGCUAGAUGAUGGGCAUGAGCAGGAUGCCUUCGCAGAUCCUCCAGCUACCUCGGUUCAGACGAGACGGAGAGACCAGAUGCAAGAAAGGGAGCAGGCGAAGCGGGCAGACGAUGAGAGGGAGGAGGAGGACCCUGAAGAUCCCGAGCCGGUUCCCAUGAAGCGGCCUGCAGCCAAGUCGACAACAAAGGGUGGUGGCAAGAGGGGCAAGCAGGGUGACGACGACGAGCCAAAGCCGAAGCCUGCCAACAGAGGCAAGCAGGGUGACGACGAGGAGCCGAAGCCGAAGCCUGCCAAAAACGGGAAGCGGGGUGACGACGAGCCGAAGCCGAAGCCUGCCAAAAACGGCAAGCGGGGUGACGACGAGGAGGAGCCGAAGCCGACGCCUGCCAAAAGAGGCAAGCAGGGUGACGACGAGGAGGAGCCGAAGCCGACGCCUGCCAAAAGAGGCAAGCAGGGUGACGACGAGGAGGAGCCAAAGCGGAAGCCUGCCAAAAGAGGCAAGCAGGGUGUCGAGGAGGGGGAGCCAAAGCGGAAGCCUGCCAAAAGAGGCAAGCAGGGUGACGAGGAGGAGCCGAAGCCUGCCAAGAACGGCAAGCGGGGUGACGACGAGGAGCCGAAGCCUGCCAAGAAGGGCAAGCGGGGUGACGACGAGCCGAAGCCGAAGCCUGCUACGAAGGGCAAGCAGGGUGACGACGAGCCGAAGCCGAAGCCUGCGAAGAAGGGCAAGCAGGGUGACGAGCCAGUGCCGAAGCCUGCUAAGAAGGGCAAGCAGGGUGACGACGACGAGCCACUGCCGAAGCCUGCCAAGAAGGGCAACGAGCCGAAGCCUACGCUAAAAAAGACGUUCGCCAGAAGGUUCGAGCCCCCAACCGAGGGGGACUCCAAGUGCCUUUGGACCUCCAUCCGGGAUGCCUUCAAUGCCGUGAUUCGCCAACACUUCCGUUUCCCUGCUAAGCACGAGGAUCUCUUCUGGAAGCACUGCCGGCCCAUGCUGAUCCAGGAGGAACAGCCCCACUUCAGAUCGAAGGCACAGCAGGUUGCCUUUGAGUGGUUGGAAAUGCAGAGAGCAAAUGGUGCUCUGGACAACCUUGACAACUAA